ACCCCUCUGCGGACCAUGACGCCAUACCUCAAAGGAGAAAUCGACAGUUCAGAUCAUGCCUGAAACCACCGUGAAAGCGCCCAAGAAGGGCUCAAAGAAAGCCGUGUCUAAGAGCGUUAGUAAGACCGGCAAGAAAAAGAGAAAGACCAGGAGGGAGAGCUACGCCAUCUACGUGUACAAGGUGCUGAAGCAGGUUCAUCCCGACACCGGCAUCUCGUCCAAGGCUAUGGGCAUCAUGAACUCGUUUGUGAGCGACAUCUUUGAGCGCAUCGCCGGUGAGGCCUCCCGUCUGGCUCACUACAACAAGCGCUCCACCAUCACUUCCAGGGAGAUCCAGACCGCCGUCCGCCUGCUGCUGCCCGGUGAGUUGGCUAAGCACGCCGUGUCUGAGGGCACCAAAGCCGUCACCAAGUACACCAGCUCCAAGUAAACCUGUGGACAAAAAAACAUCAACACAAAGGCUCUUCUAAGAGCCACCCACUUUCUCUGAAGAUAAUUCCUGAUGUCGCUUCGGUCUGAGUUGUUCCGUCACUGUUUAAGCAUUGUGAAUGACAAGAUUUCACAAAAAACAGAAUAAAAAAUUCUAAUGUACGCCUGUCUCAUGUGACUGCCUUAUAAGGUGAAGACACCCUGCCUUUUACAUCUGUAGUGCAAUACCUUGUUGGUCGCAGGGGUUAAAGUUCUCCGGCCCAGCGCCGGAUUUCCGGCGUGGCGAAGUUUCUGUCUGGCCGGCGAUAUUUUUUCGUUGGAUGGUAGGGGAAGGUACCGCCUUUUCCGCCUCUGAUUGGCU